GCGGCCAGCUGGGGUGGUGUUUUAGAGGGUGGGCUAACGGCGGACCGGCGACGAAGCUGUUGCUGUGGCUUCCGGCCAGUCACCCUCAGAAACCCGCGGUGUCAGGUCGCAGAGGGGGUUAAAGGCGGCAGGGUUCUUGGGUGAGGGGGCGGCGGCGAUCCCGCGGGCAGGAUGUUACGGGGAUUGAGCAGUUGGUUGGGCCUGAGGCAGCCCGAGGGGGCGGCUGCGGGAGGAGAGCCGCUCGGCGGGGACGAGCAGUCGGAGGGAGACUCGCCCCCUGAGGAGCGCUCUGCGCCGCCGGCGGAGCCCACCGAGUGCGAGCAGCAGCAGCAUACGGAAGACACAGAGCUCCUCCACCAGGCCAAAGGCCUUGGCAAUUAUUUGUUUAACUUUGCAAGUGCUGCCACAAAGAAGAUAACUGAAUCUGUUUCUGAAACAGCUCAGACAAUAAAGAAAUCUGUGGAAGAAGGAAAAAUAGAUGACAUCAUUGAUAAGACCAUUAUAGGGGAUUUUCAAAAAGAACAGAAAAAAUUUGUUGAAGAACAGAACACAAAAAAAUCAGAAGCAGCUGUGCCGCCAUGGGUUGAUAGUCACGAUGAAGAAACAAUUCAACAGCAGAUUUUGGCUUUAUCAGCUGACAAGAGGAAUUUUCUUCGUGACCCACCAGCUGGUGUGCAGUUUAACUUUGACUUUGAUCAAAUGUACCCUGUCGCCCUGGUCAUGCUCCAAGAGGAUGAACUACUAAGCAAGAUGAGAUUCGCCCUUGUUCCUAAACUUGUGAAGGAAGAAGUAUUCUGGAGGAACUACUUCUACCGCAUCUCCUUGAUUAAGCAGUCGGCCCAGCUCACAGCACUGGCCGCCCAGCAGCAAGCCUCUGGAAAGGAAGAGAAAAGCAGCAGAGAGGAUGAUUUGCCUCUGACAGAGGCAGUACGGCCCAAAACACCACCUGUCGUAAUCAAAUCUCAGCUUAAAACUCAAGAGGAUGAGGAGGAAAUCUCUACCAGCCCAGGCGUUUCUGAGUUUGUCAGUGACGCCUUCGAUGCCUGCAACUUAAAUCAGGAGGAUUUAAGAAAAGAAAUGGAGCAACUUGUACUUGAUAAAAAGCAAGAAGAAACAAUUGCACUAGAAGUAUCUGCCUUAUCUUCUGCAAUAUCGAGUUCAAGGUGCUGGGUUCAGCUUCAGAAGAUUCUGCUGAUUGGGAAAAGGAACUACAACAGGAGCUUCAGGAAUAUGAAGUGGUCGCAGAGUCCGAGAAGCGAGAUGAAAACUGGGAUAAAGAAAUUGAAAAGAUGCUGCAGGAGGAGAAUUAGUCCCAAGCCCAUUCUUAACAUUGUGCUGAAAUUAAAUUUUGAUGCUCGCUGAA